ACCAAACAGCGCCUUUUCAAUCGGGAAAAAAAGAAACAAUGGCGAUUUCACAAACACAUUUCAGAUCAAUCAGUCUUCCUUCAAGAUUAGAUGACUCGAAGAGUCUGGAAUCGGAGUUUGAGAAAUUGAAAUGCGGAUCUGGUAGCUCGGAAUCGCUUCAAUCCGGUCUCGUGGCGCUUGCGCAGCUCUACAAUUCAUUCGAGGAAUUCAGCCAGAAAUCAUCAGGAAUUGAUGAUCGGAAAUCGGUGGAGGAAUCUCUGUCGCGAUCGGUGGAUCUGCUCGACGCGUGCAGCGCCAUCAGAGAGGUGCUUCAGAUGAUGAGAGAGAACGUCCGCGCGCUUCAAUCAGCGAUGCGGCGGAAGGGAACAUAUUCCGAUUCCGCGGUGCAAAACGACGUCGCGGCGUACUUCUCCUUGAGGAAGAAGAUGCAGAAAACCGUCGCGAAAACCCUAAAAACCCUGAGGAAAUCGGAGAUUGUGACCGGAUCGAAAUCGAAAUCGAAUAAUCACUCAAUUAACGCGGACGGCGAAUUCAGCUUCGUCUUUGAACAACUAGCCGGAAUCACGAGCGCGAAUUUGAGAAGCGUGCUGGCGUUCGUGUCGUACGCGGCGGAGAGGUCGCUGGUUUCGAGGCUGGUGGCGGGAAAAUCGAGAGGCGGUGUGAAUCUGAAUGAGAUUGAGGAUUUGGAUUUGGGGCUUCGAGGGAAAAUGAGGAGUGAUGUGGCGAAGAAAUUGCAAAUUGUGGAUGAAAUUAUUGGAGAAUUGGAAGGGGGAUUGGAGAGAUUGUUCAAGCAAUUGAUUCAAACUAGGGUUACAUUGUUGAACAUUCUUACCCAUCAAUUAUGAUCAUUCACACUCAAUAUUACUAAUGUAUAGAUGUAAUCA